CACUCUCAUAGUUUGUGCGAAGCCCAAUCAUUCCUCCCUCUGCGUCUCUCUCUCUCUCAUUUAUUAGCGAGUGCAGCGGCGGAGUUGGCUCUUCUCCUCUCCAUUGCGCCCACUGCCAUCUCCCGGCGAGAGAGAGAGAGAGGCACCUGCUGGAGUGGCUGCUGCCUAUUUUGAUCUCUCGCAGGUCGUUUCUGCUGCAUGCGUAGAGAUUUCUAAAGCUCUUAACCGAUCUCCCAGUUCUUGUCAUUUUUCAUUGCUUGGAUUGAAGAGUAAACACUGCAGUGGAUAUUCCAACGCAUGGAGAAAAUGAUUUCUCAUCAUGUGUUUCUCUGUAUCUUUCUUGAGUGAAGGCCAUCAUCUCUCUUUCGCUUUACCCGUCUCAGGUCUCAGCAGAAGCUAUCUGUCUUCUUCUUCUUCUUCUUCUUCUUCUUCUUCUUCUUCUGUGCACCGACAGGCAAUGGCUGGCCAUGGAUUGAUCCAGCAGCAACAGGAGAGGAGGCUGAGGCCUCACCCGGAGCGAGACCUGAAAUGCCCCAGAUGUGCCUCCACCAACACCAAGUUCUGUUACUACAACAACUAUAGCCUCUCCCAGCCCAGAUACUUCUGCAAGGGGUGCAGGAGGUACUGGACCCUGGGAGGCUCUCUCAGGAACGUCCCUGUGGGAGGUGGCUGCAGGAAGAACAAGAGGUCUUCCUCCUCCUCCUCCUCCUCCUCCUCAUCAUCAUCUUACUCAAAGAAGGCGCAAGAACUAGACCUCACAUCCACCCCACUUCUCCCUACUCUCAUCCCUCCACCUCUUACAUAUGACCCAAGUGACCUCACUUUUAGGCUUCAAAAGCAGCCACCCAUGGUGCAGUUUGGCCUGGAUGACAAUAGCCACAACCUUAAUCCGGCGUUAUCUGCUCCGGCCCCAACGAAUGGUUUUCUUGACACCCUCGGGCAUGGAUUUCUUGACAUCACAAGACCAAUCGGGUUAAACCACCUUUACCAUGGGUACGGAGUCAAUGGCAGGCUGGAGGAGAUUGGUGGGGAAAACGGAGGACUGGGUGGUGCAACAACCGGCCAAGGAUCGUGCGAAGCCAUGGAUGGAGGAGGGGAUACCAAAGCGUUCACAGGUCUCUCGUGGCAGGAAGGAAGCAUGGAUUCGGCAAGGGAUUGUUGGAAUGGUGCUGUGGGUUCUUCCUUGCAUGGACUGAUCAAUAGCUCCAUGCUGUGAGGUGCACAACUAUAGAUAAUACAUCUGUAUGAUGAAAACUUGUGGUCUCCUUCAAUGUUCUUGAUGUUAUUGUGA